UCGACCAAGUUAGUAGUCCCCAGUCUGAACGUAGAUAAUUUGAACACAGACGGAAAUUGAAAGCUGCUCGAUAAGUAACUGGGAAACAAAAUCCCCCCGGGGUCAAGAAAACCAAAUUUCAACCAAAGCCCAAGAGCGAAAAGCAGGAGAGGAUGCACAAGCAGCGUUCGCCCUUCAACAGCGGCCCGGGAGGAUUCGGAGCCAGUGCCUUCAACUUCAAUGCCCCGCAGUUCGGGGAUGGCGGUGGCUUUGGACCCGGAUCACCAGUGCCCGAGGGCCUCAACGGGAUGCCGUUUCUGGGCAAGUCGCCCACCAAGCCGCUGAUGCGUUCCAUUAGCCGACAGCGUUCGCUGGUCGAGGGAGCUGGCCUGGAUUCCAUGCCGCCGCCGCUGCCCGCAAUGGCCCAGCGUAUCCUGAGCGGCGGAGUGAAGCGGGGAACACCGCGACUGGGAGUGCCUCCCAUCUCCAGCUACUACGGUGCCUUCGAAGGCGAUCUCUCGAUGUCCUCCAUGUCCAUGCUGGAGGAGACUUCGCCGCCACCGGACUUUCAGAAUCAGACCCAGAGUCUGGGGAAUGGGCCACCGCGUCCGGCCAUCACGGAUACGGAUUCCGAGAGCGAUCUGUGCAGCCAGAAGGCGGCUAAGUCGUCCGUGCCCCUGGAUUCCCGCUGGCGCCGUGCCUUCGGCUGCCUGGUGGACACUCUGCCGGAGCAGCGGCGCCAGCGCCUGGAGAAGACCCUCCACCGCUGUGGACAGACGGCCAUUGCCAAGCACCUGCUGGUGCUGCUGCAACUGCUGACCCUGGUGGUGGGUGUGGGUUUCCGCCAGGUCAAGCGCAUCGGUUGGUUCUUCGGAGGUGUUCGCUUCCGUGUAGGACGCGCCAAAUUCCAGCUACGCAGCUCCCUGCGCCAGAUGCUGUGGCGCCUGGCCAAUGCCAAGGGCAACGACACCUUGCUCUUCCUCAUCGUGGUCUUGGUGACGCCCUGGCUGUUUCUUCUCAGCCUGGUAGGCUUCGCCAUAUCGUUCGUCUUCUCCAUGAGGACGGGCGUGGUGGAGGGUGUGCGUCAGCUACGCCGACGUGUAUUUUAGGAGGGAGUUCUCUCCCUCCAUCUCAACCAUCACACUUUACAGAAAAACACUAGAGCAGCGCAUUCCACAAAAUAAUACAAGACACACCAACAGAAACCACCUGAACAUCCACUAUAUUUUGUGUUGCAGCAACGAAAUAG